AUGUCAAUCGAAGUCGACUGGGCAGCUGCCACCUCCGGCCCGGACGGGGAAGCCCUGGCAGAGCGAAUCCGGUCCUUCGUACAUGACAAAUUCCAGGAGAUCACGCUCCCGCGCUUUAUUCGCUCGGUCCAGGUCCACUCCUUCGAUUUCGGGACCAUCGCCCCAGAUCUCGAGAUAAAAGACAUCUGCGAACCGUUCGCAGAUUUUUACGAGGAAGACGACGACGAUGCCGACACCUCCGUCGCCUCAGAGGAGCUCGGGCAUGAGCUCCACGAAUCUCCAUACGAAGACGACAUGACCUACAAUCCAACCGCGCAUAGCCUCCAUAAUUUCAGUCACCAUCCAUACCCCGGCGAAGGCUUCCAGCCAUCUGCGCUUCGAUCCCCACUAGGCGACCACCUUAACCCGCAUUUCAUGCCACGCGCCAGUACACCAGGAAUCCCCGGCGGUACAUCAACAUUAGGAUACCACAUGCGGUCCCUGGGCGGCCUAUCAGGCACCCAGACACCCCUUGCCGCCGUAGCAGGUGGCACUUCUUUUGCGAGCGGAUGGUCAGAUUCGGGUAUGGGUGUCGGACCCAGGUCCCAAGCAGCCCGCCCUGCUGGACCACAUCACCUUGCGGAACCAGACCUGGAUACCACCAACUCCACCUCCAGACCCUCGACCGCAAACACACUCCCCUCCCAUCCUUCCCUUGGCCACUCCGGCAGCAGCGGGUCAAACCCGCAUACCAGCGACCCCACUGACGCGCCACAGCCCUCAAUAGAGACAUCAGACGACCCCGCCGCCGAGGGUCAAUCGCUCCCCAUCCCGCCGCGCAUGCGUGAACGUCGCCCAGAGGACUUCCAGGUGCUCUGCCAUGCGAAGUAUGCUGGAGACGUGCGCAUGUCCCUGACAGCGGAGAUCCUGCUUGACUACCCGAUGCCAAGCUUCGUGGGGCUGCCGUUGAAAUUGAAUGUUACGGGCAUCACGUUUGACGGAGUUGCCGUUGUUGCAUAUAUCCGCAAGCGAGUGCAUUUCUGUUUCCUUUCUGCGGAGGACGCGGAUGCCCUGCUUGGAUCUGAACAGUCUCAGGGUAGCCAAAAUCCCAGUGACGAUGGUCGGCCUCGGUCCGGGGGCGAUCAGAAGGAGAAGGAACUGAAGCGGCAGGGUGGGCUUUUGCAGGAGAUCCGGGUGGAUAGUGAGAUUGGUCGCAAGGAAGAUGGGAAGCAGGUCUUGAAGAAUGUUGGGAAGGUCGAGCGGUUUGUACUCGCUCAAGUUCGAAGGAUCUUUGAGGAGGAGCUUGUAUAUCCUAGCUUCUGGACAUUCCUGGUUUGA